UGAAAUCUUCUCGUAGAGUUUUCUCUCACAUCUCUCUCGGUAAUGACUGAAGCCUUGGCCCCGAGGUGCUGCCCCCGCCACUGCCCGCUGCUCCCCGUGUUCCUGCUCGCCUUCCUGUUCCACGUGUUGUCCGCCUCAGCGGCGGUGGAGGCCCCGCAGCCCCGGCAGUGUGCCCCCUGCACUCCCGAGAAGCUGACCCUCUGCCCGCCCGUACCCUCUAACUGUCCAGAGCUUGCUCGCCAGCCCGGCUGCGGCUGCUGCCAGAUGUGCGCCUUGCAGCUAGGUGAUGCCUGCGGUGUGUACACUGCACGCUGUGGCCAAGGGCUAAGCUGCCGGGCUCGCCCAGGUGAAUCCCGGCCCCUGCAUGCUCUCACACGGGGUCUGGGCGCCUGCAUCCGGACAAUAGAUGCGGAAGGAUCAGAAGACUCGGAGGCUUCAGAUGCCAAGACUCCUGCAGUUCCUGAAAACACAACCCCAGAGAGUACAGAGAUGACACAAGAGCAACUUCUGGCUAAUUAUCAUUUGGUCUUUCCCCCAAACGAGGAAAGAUCCAUCCUUUGGAAUGCCAUCAGCACUUAUGAAAAUAUAAAAUCCAAGAAAAUCUCUGACAUAAAGAAAUGGAAGGAACCAUGUCAAAGAGAAUUGUACAAGGUGUUGGACAGAUUAGCCAAAGCCCAGCAGAAGGCAGGAGAAGAAAUUUACAGAUUUUAUCUUCCUAACUGCAACAAAAAUGGAUUUUAUCACAGCAAACAGUGUGAGACUUCUCUAGAAGGUGACCCUGGCCUGUGCUGGUGUGUCUACCCCUGGAGUGGAAAAAAGAUUCCUGGCUCACCGGAGAUAAGAGGAGACCCUGGCUGUCAUCAGUAUUUUAAUAUGCAUAAUUGAAAAUGUAUUCUUUGCAUCAAUUUAAAUGAGAAUUUUUUUAACACUGUACACUCUAUUUAUACUCAACUCUUUACACAUACAUGCACACACACAAAGAGUAUAUAUUUUAUAUAUAGCAACUACUUUUGUACUCCACGGGAUAUGUAAAGCUGUUGGAUUAUUUAUUUCACAGUAAAUUUAUUUUUUUCUACACAGUAACUUUGGUACUGUUAAUUUAUAUAUCACAAACUACUGCAUAAUUUUAUAUUGUAAAUAGUUGUAUUUUUGUUCUUUAAAAUAUGUGGAAUAUAUCCUUUUUUUUAAAGAGCCUAGAAAAAAAUUGACUAGAAUAAUACAAAUCAAUAAGCUUAAAAUUAUGAGAAAGUUGGCAUUCAAUUGAAAUGUGUAAAAAUAAUUUUAAGAGCUUUUUAGAAAAUAGAUUUAACUCUUGACCUUCAUACCAGAAUUUGAUGUUAAUUUAAGAUGAAAUGUAAACUUAGAUUAAAUUGGUAAACCUCAAUAAACUUUUGUCUUAUAUUAUAGCUGUAUAGGCACUGGAUAUAUUGUAUUGUAUGUAGUACAUAAACACAUUUUGGAAUAAAAUUUUCACACAUAAA